GGUGGGUGGGUGGGGAUUGUCGCCGCUGCGCCGCCGCCGCCGUCGUCGGGAUGGAAACAGACGGAAAUGAAUAAUGACCAUAGUUGAUAAAGUUUCAGAGACCUCAAACAUUGCAUCUUGCAAGAAUCGGACCUGCAGCUCUGUGGCACCUUUCUCUGGACUAGUCAAAGAGAAAAUCAUGGAGUCUGGGUCAGCAGGUUGGGUUGCCACAUCUCCUGUUACAGAAGUAACAAAGAAUAAAAUGUCUUUAGGAUCCAUACCUGGAGCAGCAUUGUAUUCCAGUGCAGUGUGUGUGCAAGAGAAACCCAAGCAGCCAGUACAGAAAGAUCAAAGUGUGAUGGGCAUUGGCGAUGGAAUUGCACCCCCACAGAAAAUACUAUUUCCAGCAGAGAAAAUAUCCUUGAAGUGGCAGCAAAUGCAUAAAAUAGGAGCUGGCCUCCAAAACCUAGGCAACACCUGCUUCCUAAACUCCGCACUACAGUGUUUGACCUACACGCCACCUCUUGCAAACUACAUGCUGUCUCGCGAACACUCAAGAACAUGUAAUGAGCAAGGAUUCUGUAUGAUGUGUACGAUGCAGACUCAUAUUACUCAAGUCUUUUCCAGCUCUGGAAAUGUCAUCAAACCUAUGGCUGUCAUUAAUGACCUCCGACGAAUAGCAAAACAUUUUCGAUUUGGAAACCAGGAAGAUGCCCAUGAAUUUCUGCGCUACACUGUUGAUGCUCUCCAGAAAGCAUGCUUAAAUGGAAGCAACAAAUUAGAUCGACAAACUCAAGCUACUACGCUGAUUUAUCAGAUUUUUGGAGGUUACCUGAGGUCAAGAGUAAAAUGUUUGAACUGCAAGGGAGUUUCUGACACAUAUGACCCAUAUCUGGAUAUUGCCCUGGAAAUAAAGACCGCACCAAACAUCACAAAAGCCCUAGAACAGUUUGUAAAGCCUGAACAGCUGGAUGGUGAAAAUGCUUACAAAUGCACCAAGUGCAAGAAAAUGGUACCAGCUUCUAAGCGAUUCACGAUUCACCGACCAUCAAAUGUGUUGACACUCUCUCUAAAACGCUUUGCUAACUUUACUGGUGGAAAGAUUACAAAGGAUGUGAGGUACUCUGAAUUUCUGGAUGUUCGACCCUAUAUGUCUCAGUCAAGUGGAGAGCCAGUAGUGUAUGUACUAUAUGCAGUACUUGUACAUUCAGGGUUCAGCUGCCAUGCUGGGCAUUACUACUGCUACAUAAAGGCCAGUAACGGGCAGUGGUACCAGAUGAACGAUUCGAUUGUAUCCUCAAGUGACAUCAGAUCGGUGUUAAACCAACAGGCCUAUGUACUGUUUUAUAUCAGAUCUCAUGACUCAAAAAAUGGAGCAGAACAUUCUCACCCUCAUUUAGGCCAGUCAUCUCCAAGACCACCUGUUAGUCAGCGAUUAACUGCUAACCAAACUGGUUUUAUUGGACCACAGCUUCCACCACACGUGACCAAGAACUCAAACCACUUAACGAAUGGAAACUGCUCAGUGAAGGAGGUUCCCAGCAGCGCAGUCCCGAGCACGAGCAGCACAAGUGGUAUCAGGAACAUUUCUACUCCUUCCGGGUCCCCUCAGAGUCGGUCGCUGCCCAGACCAUCAGUGAUUCCUGAACCUUCCAAACGGCAGAAGCUGUCCUUCAGUAUACAGACUCCUAAGCAGGGGACAAGGCAAGGCCAGAAUCAGACCAGCCUUCAUACUAGUCCACUGGAGAAUUUGUACAAACCUAGUGUAUCCCAUACUAAUGUGUCUCAGUCUACCUCAGGAACUCUACCAACAUCAACUCCAGCAAAAUCAGCUCCAGCAACUUCAAUUCCACCAUCAUCUGCUGCGUCCACAUCUACUGCUUCUGCCUCCACAUCUUCUGUUGCUGAAGCCUCCACAUCUUCUGCAGCCUCCACAUCUUCUGCUGCUGAAGCCGCCACAGCUUCCACAUCUCCUGCAGCUUCCACAUCUGCCACAGCUUCCACAUCUACUGCUGCUGAAGCCUCCACAUCUGCCAUAGUCUCCACAUCUACUACCGCCACAGCCUCCAGGUCUGCCACUGCCUCUACAUCUGCUGUUGCUGCCUCCACAUCUGCUGCAGCGCCUAAGCCAGUAACAUCCAACUCUUCUCACUUAAUGGUGAAUGGUCAGUCAAAAGGAUCUUCUGGAUCCGCUAGUUCUUUAGUCCCUUAUAAUGAGGAAUCUUCAGAAGAAUCCGACGAGGAACCUAAAGGCUUGGUUAAGGAAAAUGGUUAUGUGAAGACUGUGAACGGAACGGUUAAUGGAACUGGAUCCAGUGUACAUCUCAAACCAAUCUCUACAUAUAUAGAUGCUAAAGAUGAAAAUUUCCAUUCUGAGACAGUCGGAGCAAAAAAUAAUGCAGUUAGGAGAAUGGGAGAUCAUGGAAAGAAUCGUCAGAUGUGUGAAUCCAUUGUUUCUCCAGUCCAGUCUAUGAAUUGUUCUGCAAAUGGUUUGUCUACUAUAACAGGAUCACAUACUAAUGAAGCUUGUCCUGUUUCACUGCGUGCAAACACUAAAAAGAUACUGCAGAAUUGUUCAGCAGGCUGCGCAAAACAAGAGAGCUGCACUAAACAAGAAAUCCGGGCAAAUGUGAAUGAAAACCACUUGCUGAUGCAUGCAAAGGCACCUUCUGCAGUGAAUCAUUGUGGUGGUGGUGGUGAUGCGGAUACAGUCCGUGUACAUACAGUUGAGAAACAAGCAAACCUGCCAGUCUGUCCACUAAAAGAAGUCACUGAUGCUCUAUCUGUACCAUCCACACCUGGUCCCAUUCAAAAAAAGAAUUGUGAAAGUAAAAGCAGAAAUAAUGAAGAGUCCCAUCUUGUUAGCAGCAAUCCUAGCAGGCAAAGUCUUGUUACUAAUGUAAAGAUAAAAUUAGAAAAUAAUGAUAUUGAGAAGCCAAAAGAAGAAAGAUUAAAUCCUAGUCAGGUUAGGGAGUUGGUACCGAUUGUUGACCAUGAGACUAAUGGACACAAUGGUCAGAAAAUAGAGAGAUUUGAUCAGGAAAAAAGUGCAUUAUCAGUAAUUGAAGAUGUCAGCAGUGCUCAUCAAACUAAUGCUGACAAGGUGGAAACUUUGGAAAGAGAAAGCCAACCUAGUGUGCAGCAGUCUCCUGCUAAGGAAAAGACCAGACAAGCCAGUGAAAACAAGUCAUCAGAAAAGGAUGAGCUUUGCAUUGAAAAACUUGAAUCUGGCAUUAGAGAAAGGAACAAUCAAAACAAAAGUAGGAAGGCUGAUGAAAAUGGUCGACUUCUUGACCGUGAUCAAUAUCCAGGAAGGGAGGGAAUCAGUCAAGUUAGACAGAGGAUGUCAGAGCAGCAGACCACUGACCUAGCCAAAUUGCCCGUUGAGGAAAGUUCUAAUCAAGAUCAAAACAAAAUUUCAGAAAAUUACGGCACGGGCAGAGAUUUAAUUCUGCCUGCAAAUAGGGGUAAGGCUGGUCAAGAAGAAAACCGAUUUCAAGAGGAGAGCUCUCCUAUUGUCCAAAAAAAAUUGGAAAGUAAGGAAAAGACUAAUGCGGUCAAUAGUAGAAUUUUACAAAAUGAUAAAAGUGAUUCCAAUUAUAGGCACAGAUCUAGAGAACACAAGGAUAGCCGAUGGUCUCAAACUGAAAGGGAGCCUGAAAAACCAGCAAACCAUAACUACAGCAGUCGAGCCUAUAAACAAGAAUAUUAUCAGGAGAAACGAAUUGACAAAUAUAAAGCUAGAGAUAAUGGACAUCCAGUCGAGGAUGGAAAGGGCUACCGGCGCUCAAAGCUUGACUCACAGUCAUUUAAUCAUUCUCAUCGUCGUGAAGACAAGAUCUCCAGAGAAAAGCAACAUACUUUGGACUUUAGUGGAAGGACUUUGAAUAAGGAGAUUAACCACAGUUGUCAAGAAAGAAAAUGGGAGCGGAAGAGGAAACAUAGCAGCAGUGAGAAUGGUGAAAGUGACGUCGACAAGAAACGCAAAAAACUCUUGUGUGAUCCAUCUUUGGAGGAGCGAAGGAUAAAAAAGCAUAAGAAAUCAAAGAAGAAGAAGGCAUCAAAAGACAAACGCAGAGAAAGGGACCACAAGCAUCAGUCUUUGGACUCAUCCGAAGUAAACUCUGAAGCUGAUGAAAGGAAACGUAGGAAAAAGAAGAAAAAGAAGAAGAAAAGGCAUCACAAUGACAAAGACGUCCAUUACCAUUCCAGAAAGCACCAGGAGAUUCCAUCAGCUAACAAGAAGAGUGAUAUCCUAAGCGAUUCUGAAAGGAUUCACAAGUCCACUCGAAGCCUUUGUUCUGAAGAUCGGAUAAUGCACAGUCACAAACAACAAGCAUAUGAAGAGAACAAGGUGUCACCGAAAGCAAAAUUUGGGCAUUUGGACACCAAGCAAAACAGUUGCUACGUAGACUAUGUCCACAGCAAAGAAGAAACGUUGAAUGUGCAUAAUGGAAAUUCAAAUCGGCAUCUUGUGAACUGUGUUGGAUCGGGCUCUCUCACUGUACACCAGAGUGACUGGUCCAGGCUGAGGCUAGAAAAUGGCAGUGACCAACAUAAACCGAUUUCAAAGCAGGAUAAAGAACACUUCCGAGAAAGGCAUUAUUCGCACAAUUACAACAAGGAAUACAGUGAAAAGGACAGCAGACGAGACUUGACGAGUGGUAGUUCUUUCAGAGAUUCGACAAGAUGGAAGACUGGUGAAAAGAGACAUGAAGAACAGAAGGCCCACUAAGCCUACCAGUAGUAGAGACCUUAGUUGCAAAUGCAAAACAGUGGAAUAAACCAGCUGUAUGCAGCAAAAAAACAUGAAAAGCUUCAAAGAAUUCACACUCCUGGAUCCAGAAUGUGGUGCUUUAUUCCUUUAAAUACUGUACAGAAUUUUACCAUCUGGGUGGGUGGGAGAACUUUAGUUUUUUGGGGGAAUUUUUUUUUAUUUACACAUUUAGUGAAAAAUCCAAAUGGAUUGUUUGUUUCUGUUCCUUGUUGAACACUGUACAAAUACUGUAUAAAUAACUGUAAUAUAUAAAUGGUCACCCUGGAAUUUUUUUAAAGACUCGAAUGCUGCUCAGCCACAGACUCAGGUUUGAUUACUACUCAUGUGUUAUGUGUAAAUUUUUAGUGGUUAAAUUUCGGGUGCAAACUGGUGCAAAAAAAGAGGAGGACCAGGAAAUGGCUUUUUUUUGGAAUGCAGGAAUAGUGCAACAGACUGUGAAAUCAAUGGUUUGUUUCAAAUGAACCAAGCACUAGAUUUUAUUUUAUGAACCCAAAGUUUUUUUUUCACGAACAACAGUCAUAGAAGAUAGAAACAGAAUAGUUUAGAUUUAUGGGGGGAAAAAUCUCAAGUGACUUAUUUGUAUUGGGAUGCUGUCUGAAACUAGAAACAAAAUCAUUUUAACUGCUUUUUAAAAAAAAAAAAUGCCUGAAAAAGAAAACUUAAAAAAACAUAAACCUAAAGUAUUGAGCAUGUAUUCAAGAUCGAGAUUAAUUUUAACGGAAUAUUGACUUGAGUUACAAAUACUUCAUUUGUUUAAUUUUAAAUUCCUUGUUAUAAUUUGUGCAACAUAAGGGCUUGGAAACGAGAUUUUCUUUCACUCUCACAAUUACAUAUUGGAAAUUACUUUGUAUUCAGAGUAUGCUUUGUACAAUUUAAUUUCUUUUAAGGUGCUCCUAUUGUAAUAACAUACGAUUAGUACAUUAGGGGAAAGAAUUACUUAAACCCCCAAAAACUCUGCAACGUUGCUAUAUUGUUAAUUGAAUCAAAUCCCCACUUUAGUACGAUGGUGAAGAAAUACAGCAUAAGCUUAAGCUGCCAAGAUGUGAUCUCGAAUGUGUUCCUUUUUUGUGUAUCGGUGCUUCCUACCCUCUUGUGGAUCACAACACAGUCACUUUAAAGUUUCUAGUUGCAGACAGAAGCGGAUCCUGUGAAUUGUAUUAAUACUGAGACACUGUCAAACUGUGAUGCCAGCUAUUUCAACUUUGGUCCUGUAUCAGGAAAACAAGUCAAAUGUAAUCUGUGAUUCUUAUGAAAGUGUGUGUGGUUCAGAGCUGUAUUGAAGUACGUUUUACUUUAAUUGGUCAACGGACAUUUCGGAUGGAACUGCCAUCUGCCCAUAUUGUACUGUAGCAUGUGAAAUUUGUAGAAUGUACAAACAUGAAGUAAAGCCGAAAAGAAAUAUGUAUAA